AGAGGAGACGCAGUUGCCCGAGAGCCCAUGUCUUGUUGCCCAGUACUGGGGGGUGGGCGCUAGUUAGAAGGGGGGAGAGUAGCGGUCUCUCCCCGCAGCCCCAGAGCCUUAUGCUUUGCCUCCCAAGCCAUGACUCUGAGCUCUGACAUGUCCGAUGUUCUUGCCGAAGAGACCGAUAUCGAUGUGGUGGGAGAAGAGGACGAGCCGCGGGCAGAGGAAGAAGAGGAAGAGGAUGGGGAGCUGCUGAUGCCCCGCUCCCCGCACUGCUCCUCCACUAAAGACCCGUACAAGGCGGCGGGGUCGGGUGGGGUCGGCAGGAGCGCGUUGGUGAAGCCCCCCUACUCGUACAUCGCGCUCAUCACCAUGUCCAUCCUGCAGAGCCCCAAGAAGCGUCUGACCCUCAGCGAGAUCUGCGACUUCAUCAGCAGCCGCUUCCCCUACUACCGGGAGAAGUUCCCCGCCUGGCAGAACUCCAUCCGCCACAACCUGUCCCUCAACGACUGCUUCGUCAAGAUCCCCCGGGAGCCCGGAAACCCCGGCAAGGGCAACUACUGGACGCUUGACCCGGAGUCGGCCGACAUGUUUGACAACGGCAGUUUCCUGCGGAGAAGAAAGCGCUUUAAGAGACAGCAAGUCCCGGAGCUUGUGCUUAGGGAGCCCGGACACUUUCUGCCGGCCUCUGCCUAUGGCUAUGGACCUUACAGCUGUGCCUAUGGCAUCCAGAUCCAGCCUUUCCACCCACACUCUGCCUUGAUCGCCUUCCAGCAGCAGCAGCAGCACCAGCAGCAACAAGCCCGGCAUCAGCAGCAACAAGCCCGGCACCAGCAGCAACAAGCCAGACAUCAGCAGCAGCCCCCCAGCCUCCCUUCCAUGGCUGCCCCAGCCCUCAUGCCUCCUGCUGCCCAGGAUCUAUCAAGGACCUGCACCUUCUACCCUCACCAGCUCAGCCCAGCAGCCCUGCCGCCCUCCCUGCAGAGCAAAUCCAGCUCAGCCCUGGCCAGAUCCACCUUUUCCAUUGAGAGUAUCAUAGGGGGGGACCUCAACCCUGGCCCCAAAGCAGCUGGGGUCCCUGUGAUCUCUAGGGCCCUGGUGACUUUCUCCAGCUCAGAGGCUGCUGCUGCUUUAGGGGGAAACCUGCAGCCUGGGACGGUGCUUACAAACCACUAGGAUUUCUAAUUCUUAAAUCAGACAUUUUCUGAGAAGGUAGGAGGCUUUUUUAUGGAUUAUGCAUCAUGUUUUGCUUUUGGGCUUUUUCCCCCAAGAAUGCCCAAUAUACUUCCUUCUGGUGAUAAACUACAACUCUCAAGCAUGGCUACUGUAGCAUGCUGGGAACUGUAGUCCCAACACAAGCAGAGGGAUGCAGGCUGGAGAGCUGCUAUAUUAAAGCAAGAAAUGCAACAUAUUCCAUCCGUUCCAUGAACUCUAUGCCAAGCCAACGGAUUUACUUUCCCUUUAAACACCCAUUUAUCUUCUAAUUUGUACACUUUUACUGUGACUCAGGUCUAAAGAUUAUUCCCAGCAAUUGUGUAGGAAGCAGAAAUGCAGCAAUAUCUUGUAGCUCUCACACACACACACACACAAGUGCUUUUGUGGCAAAAUGAUUUCCAUGUUUACACAGAGACAAUCCAUCUCCUCCCCCUUUUUAAUUUGAACCUGUGUUUUAUAUCAUAAUAGGGGAUUGUUGUUUUUUUUCUUUUGUAUGAAAGUAUUUCUUAUUUACAAGAAUUAAUGUGCCAAGGCAAAUGUACGAUUUUUUCACAUUUACAAAAAAAAAAAAUUUAACAAUUUAAAUAAAAAAUAAAUUGUUUAAAGAUA